UUAACAAGUUUAAAAUUUGUAUGAAUCAGUUAUGGCAAAUGUCGAUAAUACUCCAAUAAUCUCCUCUACUGACGACGAUGGAGAAGAAUUGAUUCUCGCAACAUUGUUGAUAGUACAAUAUCAUUAUUCCAGCGAUUUAUACACUAGAGAACCACGCAGGGAUAGUGCAUUCACAGGGGCAGCAUGGGUACAUGAGGUGUUGCAUGGGCAUGCAAACCGCUGUUACGAAGAAUUUGGCAUGGAACGACAUGUGUUUUUAAAUUUAUGCCUACUAAUGAGACAUCGUGGUUGGUUACAAGACAGUCGCAAAAUUAGGGUAGAUGAGCAAUUGGCAAUGUUCAUGUUCAGAAUAACAGGUGUAGGUCCUACUAAUAGAGCAGUUGAGGAGAGAUUCCAACAUUCAGGACAGACUGUCAGCUAUUACUUUGGCAAAGUAUUGCAAGGAGUGCUUAAGCUUUCUAAGGAGUAUAUCAAAGCCCCAUCGUUUGAUGAGAUUCCUAUGGAAAUAAUUGCAAACAACAAAUGGUGGCCAUAUUUUAAGGUUGGGAAGGCAGUGCAAAUGAUUGUCGUGUAUUCAAUAGAGCCCUAGAGGAUCCUACCUUGCGAUUUCCUCAUCCUCCCCAAGGUAUAUCAAUUCCCAAAUUAUCAUGUAUGCAAAUGAUUAUUGUGUAUGCUUUUAAUGUCUUGCUUUAUCAUAUUGUAGGGAAG